AGGCAUCAAACUUCAAUUGACCUCUCUCAAAAGGUAAUUGAAAGGCUUGCGAUUUGUCCCAAUUUCUAGGAGCAAGACGAGAGUCGCUUAAGCACUUUUCCCCUCUCCCUCGCGUCAAAAUUCCUACUUCUGAUUCAAAACCAACGGAUCCAAUCAACCUUUCCCUCCUCAAGAGAGUACUUCCUCCACCAAAUUUUUUGUCAAUGGAUCUUUGCGAGAAGAUGAAUCUAUAGCAUUGGGUUGAUUAUCUUAACUUUUGGAGUUUGGGCAAUUUUUGAAAAAUGGCAAAGAAGACUUGGAAAGUGAAAUUCGAGUUGCACAGUUGCGGGAUAAGGAAAAGGAAAGCAAAGUGAAAUUCGAGUUUGAUUUUCUUGUGGUAUGUGUUCUCUUUUGUUAUUGGUUUUGGUUGUUAUUGGUUUUGGAGUGAAGGCAUCGAAGAGAGAGACUUGGUUGUUGCAUAAAUGGAUUUAUUUAUGGCAAUGAAAGAGUUGUUGAAAGGAAGGGGGAAGACAAUUGCAAUAGAGCACAAGGAUUUUUCAUUUCUGCAUCCCAAAUUGAAACCUAAGUUCACCAAGUAUCACAAAAUGAUUCAUUCAAAUCAGUUCAGCUUGUACAAAACUCAAUAUACAACCUAUCACAGCUCUAGUUCAUUCACUAAAGGUAUUCAGGACUUCAUUUCGAAUCCUGUCUUUGCAAGUUACUUGCAGAACAAGGGAUGUAGAGAAGAUGCAGAGAGCUCACAGGCUACAACUGAAAAUCCCAUUGCUCUACUGGGACAGCUCGCAGGUUUCCUUGCAAAGCUCCAGGAUUCUCUCACCAAGAAAACGAUUGGUGAAGGGUUCUUCCUUAAUGGUCUUUACUAUCUAUGCAAGGAACCUCAUAUAGGAAAAGCCUUCCAAGUUGAUUCAAUUCCUUCCAAGGACCAACAAAUCAGGCAUCAAAGAUUAGCCUAUCUACCAGAGGCUAUUUGCUUAAACCUUUUCCCAAAAUGUAUCAAUCAUCUGCAAUGUGUGAUAUAUGUCAGUUUACCAAGUUUAAUAGACUCCCUUUUAGUUCCUCAAUGUAUAGGGCUAGCAAACCUUUUGAACUUGUACACUCUGAUUUUUGGGGUCCAACUAUUGAAUCUUUUGAUGAAUAUAAAUAUUUUGUUAUCUUUGUGGAUGAUUUUUCUAGAACAACAUGGCUAUAUCAGUUAAAAUAAAAUAAAAAGGUCUUUACUAUGUUCAAAGACUUUCAUCAACUUGUCAUAACUUAAUUUCAGUCAACCAUUAAGAACCGAAGAACCGAUAAUGGCACUGAGUUCUUAUCCGAGCUCUCCUGGUAUUAUUCACCAAACAAGUUGUGUGGGAAACCCACAACAAAAUGGGAUCUCUGAAAGGAAGAACAGGGAUUUACUUGAGAAGACCCGUGCAUUGAUGUUGCAUAUGAACAUACCAAAGAAAUUUUGGUCACAAGGCAUUCUCACUGCAACCUAUUUUAAUCAACUGAUUACCUAGUCGUGUUUUAGAGUUUAAGUCUCCUUAUGAAACUCUUAAAGGAAGGCCUAUAACUUUAUCACAUUUGAGAGUCUUUAGUUGCACUUGCUUUGUUCAUGUUUAAGCAUUGCACCAUGCGAAACUAGAUGUUAGGGCUGUAAAGUGUGUCUUCAUGGGAUAUUCAUCAACCCAAAAAGGUUACAAUGUUUCCAUCCUAUUACUAACAAGAUGUUUGUCUCUAAGGAUGUAAAAUUUGAGAAAACUGUUCCUUAUUUCUCCAAUGAGGUUGCUCACUCCUGAGAAGGGGAGCUAAUGUGUGAUUUAUUUCCUUAACUUACGUGCAUUGAUCACUCAGUGCACUUAGAUCCUAAAGCCACUAGCAAUCAUAGACAAGAAGAGAUUGUGAGUGACACUACUCCUAUGUCUUCUCAACCUAGAAACCUGGAGGAUGAUACUGAGUCUACUCAAGAUGAAAGCCACGAAGAAGAUCCCACUUUAACUUUUCCAAGGCAUAAUCAUGUACGUGCUCGACAACCUCUAGCAAGGCUCCGAGACUAUGUCACCUUUGCUUCCAAAUACCCCAUCACUGAGGUGCUAAAUUAUAGUCAUGUCCACCCCAAUCAUGCCACAUUCCUGGCUGAAAUCUUCCAUCACAUUGAACCAUGAACCUUUCAAGAAGCUUAACUAAUUCCUGAGUGGAGAAUUGCAAUGAAGGAUGAACUUCAUGCCUUGAAGAACAAUCAAACAUGGAGCAUUGUGAAGUUACCACCGAGGAACAAGGCUGUUGGGAGUAGAUGGAUCUAUAAGAUAAAGUUCAAGGCUGAUGGAGUGUCACGAGGCUAGAUUGGUUGCAUGCGGUAUUACUCAAACGUUUGGAGUAUACUACAAAGAGACAUUUGCUCUAGUAGCCAAAAUGAACUUUGUUAUGGUUCUUCUGUCAGUGGUUGUGAAUUGUGGCUGGCCAUUGUGUCAAAUGGAUGUUAAAAAUGCAUUCCUUUAUGGGGAUUUACGAGAAAAAGUAUAUAUGCAACUUCCACCAGGUUCUUCUCAAGGAAAAAAGCAAUCUAUGGUUUAAACCAAUCUCCACGUGCAUGGUAUGCCAAGUUAAGUUCAGUGUUGGAAGCUGCUGGUUUUGUUCAAAGUAAUGCAGACUCAUCCUUGUUCACUCGUAAAUGAUUAGCUGGUAUAUUGGUGGUUUUCAUCCAUUUGGGCAAUCUCAUCAUCACAGGUGAAAAUGAAGUGGAAAUUGAAGCUUUCAAGAAAUCUCUUAAUCACACAUUUGCCAUUAAGGACUUAAGGAAACUAAAAUAUUUCCUUGGCAUUGAAAUGGCAACAUCGCCAAAGGGUUUAUUUUUAAAUCAGCGCAAGUAUGUUGUGGAUCUUGUCAUUGAGGCUGAAUUACUCGAUUGC